AUGGGUAACGGUGCCAAGGCUCAACAGAAGCGCGAGCGCGCUGCUAAGGACAAGACCUCUGCCAAGUCGCAGCUCAAGGUGAACGAGAAGGCUUGCGACAUCCAGUGCCAGAUCUGCAAAUCUACCUUCCUCAAGACCACAAAGGCCCCUGCUCUGAAAGAGCACGCCGAGAACAAGCACCCCAAGAACGCCAUCAAGGAGUGCUUCCCUACCUACGAGGGUUGA